AUGCUAACUUUACAUCAUAAAAUAGCUUCAUAGCCAGAUUUAAAAGUAGAAUAUACUCCUUAAUCUAAUUCUUAAAUAUUAAGGUCUUUAAAGCCUGCUUCAUUUCUUAAUAAUCUAGAAUAACAUAAAGAUAGAGAAUAAGAAUUCUUUACACAUCAUAAACCAGAAGGUAUUUAUCAAUAAGGGGCAUAGACUGAUAGAGUAUAAGAAAUUAAUAUACGAUUCCCUAAAAUUUAAUAAAACUCAUCAUAACAAAUUAAUAAACCAUUAAACCUGAUGCCUGAAUCAAAACACAAUUAACUUAAAGUCUAAUUGCAAAAUAUUUUUUCUCAAUAAAAUUCUCACAGUGAUUCUCAUAUCAUAUUGCCUGGGCUUCAAAAAUAAAGAAAAGAAUCACAAAUGUUUAUUAAAAUGAUAGAGGAUUAAUUGAGUUUUCCAAAUUAAGAAUCCUAAAGAUCCAAUUAAAAUAGAUUCAGCAGGAAAAUAAAGAAUUCAAACUUAAGUUAAACAAAUUUAGAAACUCCAAUAUUAUAGAUAAAUACUGAGAAUUCACUUUAAGAUGACUUAAAUGCUUAAAGAAAAGUUGAAUUUUAUAAGCGUGUGAAGGUUAUUAAUAUGUAAAAUGGCAGAAUAGCUACAGAAGUUAUAAAAGAAGAGGAUGAAUUACAACUCCCAGUAAAAGUCAAAAGAAAAUUUGUUUCUUAAAAAACGAAAUUUUUUCCUGAUAAUUUAAACAAAUGA